AUGACAGACUUUGGAGAGAUUCUAAGGAACAUUGGGGAAUUUGGAUUAUUCCAGAAGAUCACUCUAAUUGCACUUUGCUUUCCAAACUUUGUUCAGACUUUUCUCUUUGCCAGUUUUGUUUUCAUCCAAUCAGAUCCAGACAGACACUGCAGCACAGACUGGAUCCUCACUGCUGCUCCUAACCUGACCUCAGAGGAGCAGCUCAACCUGACCGUGCCUCGGGAGGAGGAUGGGACCUUCAGCAAGUGUGAGAUGUUUGUCCCAGUGAGCUGGGACAUUGAUACUAUCAGAGAGUACAGACUCAAUGAGACCACAGGGUGCCAGGAUGGAUGGGUGUAUGGGAACAUGCUCUACAAAGCCACCAUAGUCACUGAUUUUGAUCUAGUGUGUGGCCAGGCCAGCUUGGUGGAAGUGAUUCAAGCAGUAUUCAUGGCUGGAGUUCUUGUUGGUUCCCUCAUGUUUGGACCUUUUGCUGAAUCGUUCGGCCGCAAACGAGCAACUCAGAUUCCAGCAGUUCUGUUGUCUGUAUUCACCGUGACAACAGCUCUCUGUCCCAACGUCUACUUAUAUUUAGUAUCUCUGUUUCUGGUGGGAUUUGGAGCUGGAGGAUAUCGAGUCAACAGCAUCAUACUAUCUAAGAUGAUGUUCUUGUAA